GUUCCGAGUACUUGCGGGUUACCUAUUUCGCCACCCUUAGCUACUAAAAUUUCGAAAGUGGCGAAAAACUAGAUAUUCACUGCAAUUUAGUAGAAGCAGGUCGUUACCAAAAAUCCACUUUCAUCCUCUCUCCCGAGAUUCAAAUUUGAUUACCCUCUCUAUUUUAGUUUUGUAUGCUUAAUUCUCGUCGUCGUCCAUUGCCAUUGUCGGUUGCUUUCCCUCCGUAAACAACGGAAUUUAUUCAGAGCUCGAAGUUUCUGCGUGCAUUUCGGUAUUGAAGGGGCUCGAAGAUUAGUUAGUUGAAGCAAUUCUUGAUUUUCCCAACUUCAGAAAUUGGAUUGGUUUACAGUGGGGAGCCAAGAUUAGUUAGUUGAAGUAAUUCUUGAUUUUCACCAGUUCAGAAAAUUGGAUUGGUUUACAUUAUGCUGCGAAAUUGGGCUCUGAAAGAAAAAAAAUCACAUGGAAUUAUCUGUAUUUUCUUGAUUGUAACAACACUGAUCAAAAGAGGGAUUGUCAUGAUAUGCAGUAUUUGUUUGCUGCUAAUUAGGAUACUGGCUAUGGAGUCGAGCUCUUCUUGGGUUUCAUCUCCUUCCCUCGACGAAAACAGCGACGAGGAGCUGCUGCCUGGUCUUCCCAGGCAUACAAAGGUUACUAUCACAGGGAAUAGCAGAACAAGGAAAGAUUUGGUGGGUAUGGAAGGAGUUGUCACGAAGGCCGGUGGUAUUGGUGGUUGGCAUUGGCUGCUACUGAGUAAUGGUGAAAAGGUCAAGCUUCAAAGGAAUGCUCUGACUGUAUCAGAACCACCUACUGGAAAUGAAGAAGACGAUGAUAUUGAUGAUUCAGCCAGUGGCUCUGAUACGAACCAUAGCACUUGCAAAGAGGGAGUUGAUCUGGCAAAGCUUAGUAGUGAAUCAUUGAGGAGAUACUGUGAAAAGUACCACCUUGUUGAUAUUGCUUCCAACCCUACCAAGGAACAACUGAUCAAAGCUGCCCAGGAGCAUUUUUCAUCACAGAAAGUGGACGGGGACGAGGAGGAGCAAGUGAUUACUGAGUUUAGUAACGCGGCAAAGAGAUUUCAGUUGGAAAAAGAUGAAGAGAAGGGAGGAGAGUGAUUGCUGAGUCUGGUUGCCUCAUCAGUGCCUGUAAUGUAUGUAUAUUCAAAGCACUUGUUCAACUAAAUUUUUGUGCAUCUCUAAUUAUUCAAUAGCUGUGCAUGAGUAUGGAUGUAUAUUCUAACAUGGAUUGCUAACCAUUCAUUAAGGGGCUUGUUCACUCAAUCUA